UUUUGCAUCGCAAUUUGUGGCGGCGGUCCCGGCGGUCUCACUCUCGCUGUUGCCCUGUCCAAGUUCAACAAUCCAGCCUCACCUCUUUCAAUCGAUUUAUAUGAAUCGCAACCCGAAGUGGCGACUGUCGGAGCCAGGAUCAGUGUCUGGCCGAGAACCCAGACGAUACUGAGGGGGUUAGGCAUCAUGGAUGCGUUAAAGGGCGAGUUGGGGAGCGAGGGCUGUGAGGGCGACACAGGUUUUACUUUUCGUAAGAGCGAUGAACCAGACGGAGGGUACAACUUUUAUACGCUUGAAUAUCCGGUCAACCCCUUCUUAAUUCGCCGCUCUGCCCUUCUCAAACCUCUCGAACUCGCCCUCUCUUCUUCCCUCAUCUGCAAAAUCCACACAUCGAAGAGACUGAUCUCGUAUUCCUAUCUCUGCCUCUCAUCCUCUUCCCACGGAAACACGAACGGCCCAAUAACGUUGCACUUCGCUGACGGCACCACAGAAGAGACGGACAUCCUGAUCGGUGCAGAUGGAGUUCGGAGCGCUGUCCGACGAGGAAUGUUCGAGCAUCUUUAUUGGAGGGCUUCGCUGGCGGGUGGGUUGUCGGAGGAAGAUGUGAAGCUCAAAAGGGGCGCGGAACCGAGGUGGAGCGGGACGGUGGCGUAUCGGGCGUUGAUCUCGAAGGAGCGGCUGGACGGUCUACGGAAAAGUGCGGAAAAGGAGGGAGGGGGGAAGCGUAUGUGGCUCACAAAGCCUGUUAGCGUGCGUUAUUUCUUGUUUCGCUUUCAGUCAGAAUUGUGCAAAGGGAUUAACGUGUGAUUAUAGUAUAGCGGCAAAGAAAAGGUACGCACAUCCAUUGAAUCCUCUUACCGUCUCGUAUGUUGCGCUCAUAAGCACAAUAUGACGGGUCGCAACAGCAUUUUAUAGUAUACCCCAUCUCCCGUGGUACCCUCCUCAACAUUGUUG